UUUCCAAAGUUCCCACCAGUCACCAACAAACAUCAAACAACACAGCAUUGGUUUCAUCGAAACUUUAACACACAAACACAUAAAUAAAUAUAAUACACACACAAAAACCUCUCAUUCCCUCCCAAGUUCUAAUCACCCAGCUGAAACUUUUGCAUCCCAAACAUCACACCUAAGACUUUUGUUUUGACUUUUUGAGGUCUUAAAAGUGAUUGAAAAUGGCGGCUACUUCAACCCCUGGCAUGCUCAUGACAACAAUCAAUUCUUGCUUAUCUUCUUCCCGCAAUAGAGUUAUGACAAGCACUGCAAAUUUCAGUGCUGAGCAUAAAGAGGCAUCUUGGACAAGGCUUACCAGCUCUUCCCACAUCUCAUCAAGGCAGCCAUUCUUCCAGAGCUUCACAUCAGGAAAUGUAAAAUUUCAAAAGGUUGUUACAAGAGCAGUGUCUGGUGCUGCAGAGUACAAGCCUUUGCCUGGCUUGCCUGUUGAUUUGAGAGGUAAGAGAGCAUUUAUUGCUGGCAUAGCUGAUGAUAAUGGAUAUGGAUGGGCAAUAGCAAAAUCUCUUGCUGCUGCUGGUGCUGAAAUUCUUGUUGGUACAUGGGUUCCGGCACUGAAUAUUUUUGAAUCUAGUUUACGGCGUGGGAAAUUCGAUGAGUCACGCAAAUUACCAGAUGGUUCUCUAAUGGAAAUUACUAAAGUGUAUCCAUUGGAUGCUGUUUAUGACAAUCCUGAAGAUGUUCCUGAGGAUGUAAAAGCAAACAAACGCUAUGCUGGAUCCUCAAAUUGGACGGUUCAGGAAGUUGUUGAAUCUGUGAAACAGGACUUUGGAAGCAUCGACAUCCUUGUGCACUCACUUGCCAAUGGGCCAGAGGUCAGCAAACCUCUUUUGGAGACAUCAAGGAAUGGAUAUCUUGCAGCUAUCUCUGCAUCUAGUUACUCCUUUGUUUCUUUACUCAAGCACUUUGUUCCAAUAAUGAAUCCAGGUGGUGCUUCAAUUUCUCUAACAUACAUUGCUUCUGAAAGGAUCAUUCCAGGAUAUGGUGGAGGCAUGAGUUCAGCAAAGGCUGCUCUGGAGAGUGACACACAAGUGCUAGCUUUUGAAGCUGGAAGAAAACACAAAAUCAGGGUCAACACAAUAUCUGCCGGGCCAUUACGAAGCCGUGCUGCAAAAGCAAUUGGUUUUAUUGAUAUGAUGAUAGAUUACUCAUCAGCCAAUGCACCCCUACAGAAAGAAUUAUCUGCAGAGGAGGUUGGGAAUGCUGCUGCCUUCCUGGCAUCACCAUUGGCUUCAGCUAUCACUGGUGCCGUUGUGUAUGUUGACAAUGGUCUGAAUGCAAUGGGAGUGGGAGUUGACAGCCCAAUAUUUGAGAACCUAGACAUUCCAAAAGGUAACUAGAGCUAGAGGGUUUUUUAUAUUUUUAGCAAAGCCAAGGUUAGAGGUUAAGAUAAACAUGGAUUGUGUAAGUGAAUUCUAUUGAAAAUUUUGAUCAAGCAAAAGAAAUAAUUGUUUUCUCACAUUUCAUAUGUUCUUGUAUCAUUAGCAAAUGGAUUAUUUCGCAUUUCCAUAUUAAUAAGAAGAUAGCAUGAUUUUUCCCCA